AUGAAUUUCAACAGCCCCAAUCUCUUCACAGACGUCGACCUAUUGGACGGCUUCAUCAGCGAUGAUUUAACCCCCUACAUGUCCGACUCUGCCCCUCCACCAGACCUAUCAAGCACAAUCCCCAAUCCUGCUCCAACCCAUCCCGCGCCGCAGAUUCCCUUCACGCCCCUGUCCCUGCAUGGCUACACGCAACCAGCGCCGCCUGCAAAGGUCGGCGGGAGAUUCACGAGGGAGUCGGUGCGGAUACUGAAGAAUUGGCUCGCGACGCAUCAGAACCAUCCGUAUCCGCGCGAGCCUGAGCGGCGGAUGCUGCAGGAGGAGACGGGGCUUACAAAGACGCAGAUAUCUAAUUGGUUGGCUAAUGCGAGACGAAGGGGAAAGAUCCCGUCGAGUGCUUCUUCGCCGAGACAUGGGGAAACGCCUGCGAUGGAUAUUCCGCCUAGACCUGGGACGCCGGCUGUGAGGAAUACGUCUGAUAUGGAUCCGCUGCAGCGAUGGGUUGAUUCGCCGCCUGAGGAUGAACCUGCUGCUGUUACUGCGAUUGCGAGAGCUGUAGCAUCUGUGCGACCGCAAUCAGUAAGAAGUGUCGGGACAUCACGAUCCAGCUCAAUCAGCUCAGUCAAUUCUCACACGAGUCGCUCAUCACUCGGCCUCAAUGAGCUAUUCAGUCGGGGAAGUUCUCGUCGCAGAAGACGUGCAUACAAAGAAGAACGACGAUCUCUCGCAGCUCCCCGAAAAGCAUUUCAAUGCACAUUCUGCACCGAGACUUUCCGAGCAAAACACGAUUGGUCACGACACGAGAAUUCGUUGCAUCUGCCUUUGGAACGAUGGGUCUGCAGUCCAGAAGGACCUCGUGGCCAAAAAGCCGAUAGUCCCGAGACACGAUGCGUUUUCUGCGGCCACGUCGAUCCUGAUGAUGCACACAUCGAGACACAUAAUUACUCAGCGUGUAAGAAUCGACCUGUACAGGAGCGCACGUUUAACCGAAAAGAUCAUCUCAAUCAGCAUCUGAAACUCGUCCAUAAUGCUAAAUUCGCCGAGUGGCCUAUGCGACAGUGGAAAGCUCCUCCGCCAGCAAUUCACUCACGAUGUGGCUUCUGCAAUCUUGUGAUGGAAACGUGGAUCGAUCGUGUGCAUCAUCUAGCGGAUCAUUUCAAGACCGGCAAGACUAUGGCUGACUGGAAGGGCGAUUGGGGAUUUGAGCCUCAUAUUCUCGAGCUUGUCGAGAACUCGAUUCCUCCUUAUUUUAUCGAAACUGAACGAAAUAGUCCGUUUCCAUUCGAAGGCAGCCGUGCACUCGUUGAAACACCCCGAACAGCUUAUGAGUUGCUUAAGCUGGAGCUUGCGUAUUUCAUGCAGAAUCACUUUUACAAACAUGCGCGAAUGCCGACCGGGGACGAAAUGCAGCUCGAAGCGUGUCGAAUUCUCUUUGCUUCAGAACCGCUGUCUCACGUUGAUCUAGUCUGCCCAUCGUGGCUUCGAGAUCUGGUGUUUUCGAACGUUGCAAUUUCACAACAAGCUCAAUUCGGACCGAUGAGAUCCAACGCCGAGAGUCGACUUUCUUCACUGGAAAUUAGUGGAAAGAACAAUAUUUUUGAAGGAUGUCCAUUCGAGACACAGUUGCAAGAGUUUGUACAAGCAAAACAGCUCUUGGGAUUGAGUAUCAGGGAUGAUGAGUUGCGAGAAGAAUGCUGUAGGAUCGUUGGCCGAUUGGAGGAAGUUUCAGCGACACCAUCCGAUUUCAUCGCGAAUUGGCUCAUCAAAAUCAUUCAUUUACCUGGCGAUUGGCUUCUCCCUUUCCGACAACGUACAGGAAUCGAGUUAAUCGGAUUAUCCGAGGGAAUGAACUUGAACGCGAUGAUCCAAGACUACACGCGCCUUGAACAGGAACUCGGGGCUUAUCUCGAUCUACAGCGCGUCAUUGGCAUCGAACCACCCGACGACGACCUCCGUCGACAAGCGCGCGUUAUUGUCCAUGGCUCAGACUCAAAUCUCAAUCACACAGCAGCAGACGACGAUUAUUGGCUGGCCGCAUUUCGACAGCGACAUUCCACGACGACGGAAAAUCCUGAAGCUUGGAACACGCCACUUCGGCCGGAUCCUCAUCUCCUCGCCGCUCGAGGACUCGUUCUAAAAACAAGUACAGCUUUCCUCAAUGAUCAUAAUUACUGGCGAUGGUUCACGCAGGAAUUGAGACGUUGGGUAUCGGCCAUAAUGUCCCCCCAUAACCCAGCGAGUCGCGUUCCGUCGGAUGAAGAGAUCCAACAUUACGCGCGAUGGAUCAGUUACAACGAGUACGUACCCUCAAACCUCAAGUGGUAG